AUGGGCCAGGUGGAGGAGGCAGCAGAGGACCUCCCAGAAGAGCCCACCCAGGACCAGGAGGCAUCAGAGACUGAAGAGCAAUACGAUGAUGGGAGCAGGCCAGGAUCCCCACUGGAGGAAGAUCCUGUCCCUGUCCCAUCCAGGUCUCCAGUCCCUGGUCCUUCAACCCCUGCUGCUGCUGCACCAACACCCACUCCCAUAGGAAAAAGGAGGCGGCCACAACCCCGGGCAGAGCCAACGGCGGUGGAGCAGGCCAUUUUAUUCGCCCUGAAAGAGCGCCCUGUCCCUCCACCAACGGCCACCCGGGAGUUUAGCCACAUAGAGUAUUACCUCCUAAGUCUUGCUCCUUCCCUGGAGAGACUGUCCUUCUAUGACCUAGAGAGUGACAGCGGUGAGAACACCGACUCAGAGCCCGACACAGCGCUCCCUCCUCCCGCAAAGAGAAGGUUGACGCCUCCUUCAGGCACCGCCUUGACGGCAGGACGCGCUGCAGCAGCAAGAGGUGAGCACAGAGGGGCAGCGGAUACGGCUGUGCGCAGACAGGACGUUGGGGACCAAGUCUGGAUAGGAGCACCUGCUCCAGAAUCAGGUCCUGAAGAGAUGGGGAAAGACGGGAGCGUGUGGCUGUCUGUGCCACUAGGCACAGGGCGCGGAAGAAGGCCAUCUCAAAAUAUUUUGAGGGAAAUUGCAGGCCCUACUGCAUUUGCAAGGCAUGGGAUCCACGACCUGGAGAGUGCUUUCCUGUGCUUGAUGGAUCCCCUGCUCCUCCAGCACAUACGGGACUGCACCGUGGCUGAAGCGCGUCGCUCUGGGAUACAGUGGUACCUCUCCAUCCCUGAGCUCAAAGCUUUCAUCGCGCUUUUAUACGUCAGGGGAAGCUUCAAUAAAAAUCUGGAGAUGGAGAGCUUGUGGUCAGAUGAGUGGGGGCUUCCAUUUUUCAGAAGCACAAUGCCUCGCAGGAGAUAUAGACAGAUAAUGCGUUUCCUUCGCUUUGACCGCAGAGAGGAGAGGCAGGCCCGACUCGCAAGUGAUAAGUUUGCCCUCAUAACGGACGUGUGGAGGGAUUUCGUCACCAACUCUAUCCGGUGCUACAGGCCAGGAGAAAAUGUUACGGUGGAUGAGCAGCUAUACCCAACAAAAGCACGCUGCCGUUUCACUCAGUAUAUGGCCAAUAAACCCGAUAAAUUCGGCAUAAAAUUUUGGAUGGCGGCAGACGUUGAUUCCAAAUAUUUUCUCAAUGGGAUCCCUUAUCUUGGGAAAGAUGCAGCGCGGCCUGCUGGGCAGCGCUUGGGGGAGAGAGUAGUGCUCAACCUCAUGGAGCCAUUCAUGGACAAAGGCAGGAAUGUCACCACUGACAAUUUCUUCACCUCGUUAUCCCUAGCCAAAUGCCUGCUGGCGAGAAACACCAGCCUCGUCGGGACCAUGAAUGCUGCGCGCAGAGAACUCCCACCUUCAGCGAAACAGCGCGCAGAGCUCCACAGCACCAAGGUGCUGAAGCAUGAGCGUGCCACUCUCACUCUGUACCAGGCAAAGAGGAAGAAGAGUGUCUCCAUCCUGAGUACUCUCCACCAGACGGUCCUUACAGGCACAGAGGGGAAGAGGAAGCCUGAGACCAUCACCUUUUAUAAUACCACAAAGGUUGGUGUAGACUCGCUGGACCAGAUGGCUCGCCUCUAUUCAACAAAAGGUGCGACAAGGAGGUGGCCCGUGGCAGUUUUCUGCAACAUCCUGGAUUUGGCUGCAAUAAACGCAUGGGUCCUAUACAGGCAGUGUACAGGGGCAAACAUUGCGAGGCGCGCCUUCAUCCUCGAGCUGGCCAAAGAGCUGCGCAGGGAGCACAUGCUAGCAAAAGCCGCCCCCCCUGCAACAGUGCAGAGACCGCUUCUCCCGCUUCCCUAUGUUCCCCACCCACAGGUGCCAGAGAGGAGACGGCAGUGCCAGAUCAAUGCCCACUGCAAGCAGAAUAAAACCACCGUGGUCUGCAGUGGGUGCAAGCGGCCUGUAUGUGGCAAAUGUGUGGUCCAAUUAGAACCUCGUUGCCUGAAGUGUGUGUAG